AUGUCGUUCUUAAACAAGUUCAAGAAAGAAUUUGAAGGGCUCAAUUUAGGUGAUCGCCUAGGACAACAGCAAGGAGCGCAUUCGCCAGUGCCUCAGACCACUGAACAAAGCCACCAGUCCUAUAACAACAAGCCGUACCAGAAUCAACAGCAAGGAUAUGGACAACCUCCUUAUCUUGGACAGGACCAACAGAGCUCCGGUUAUCAAUCUUAUAACGGACAAUCACCGCAGCCAUAUCCAGGCCAGCCGCUCUCUGGACAUCAAACUCACAGUCCGCAGCCACAGCCACCGCCAUACAAUAAUUACCAGUCUCCCCAGCAGCCUCAGCACCCGCAAUGGCCGUCAUCACCUGCACCUCCAAGCCAAUAUGUGCAGUCGCCUCCUGCAACACAUGCACCUUACGGCGCUCCUACAGCCCCAAACAAUUGUUCAAUCCAAUCCACUCCAAGGAUAGUGGGACCUGGCACUGCUGAUCCUGGCCAUUCAUGCCCUGCGCCCCCUCGAUGGGUGCCGUAUUGGUCUGAGCAGUCACAGCAAUGGUGCUACGUCGAAACUUCAGGCAGAAGCUCUUGGCAAGCUCCAUCGGAUCUUCCGCCUAUUCCAGGCAUGCCAGCCUUCCCAGGAAGUUUAAACACUCAGAGCAGAGGUUAUGAUGGACAGAUGGGACAUCCAGGUCAGCCACAGUACGCCAAUCCACAAGAUUCCCGGCCAAGUCUGCCUGAGAAAGAAAAGAAGUCGUCUACUUUCCUCGCUGCAGCUGGAGGGUUUGCUGCCGGUGGUGCAGCAGGAUAUUUUGUCAAAGAACGAAUUGAUAAACGCAAAGCCAAGAAGCAUGGCCGCACGGCAGAAGAUUUUUCCGACUUCGCCCACUUUCCAGCCUGGGAAGUCGACCUAGAGUGCAACAUCUGCGACCAGGUAAUCAGCGGACCCUACGCGCACUGCAAGAAGUGCGAUGGCGGCGACUACGAUAUCUGCCGAGAUUGCCUUGCCCAAGGAGAAGUCUGCAAAGGCAAGGGCAAGCAUAACCUGGUCAAGGUGUAUCCCAAGUACUACUGUGAUGUGUGCAACCUCUUGAUCAAGGGGGGGUUUUACUACUGCAGUGUUUGCAACAAUGGAGAUUGGGAUACGUGUCAGAAGUGCUUCGAUGCAGGAAAUACGUGUCGCGGAAUGGAGAGAGGGGAGACGCAUAAUUUGACACAUCUUUACAUGCCGGAGCCCAAGUUCGGGAAGGGAAGUGGGAAGUACGAUUCUAGCAGCAGUUCGGACUCUGAUUAA